GGUUAAGAAUGUUUUUUGGGGUUGUUGGCAGAGAAGCGAGAGGAAGAGAAGGCAGGAAGCGUUCCCCGCUCUCUUCUGCGCAAAGCGCAGCCAUGGGACGGUGGAAACCUCCAAACUUCAGAAGAGCGCCCGGAGGACCAAUGAGAGAGAGCGCGCACUCCGGGGCCCGUUCGGUUUCCUGAUUGGUGGGGGUCGGUCGCGACGUCACGCCGCGAGGCAGAUGGGCGGCAGCGGCGACGACGCGCGUCCUUCCGCCCCGUCCCCUCAUUGGACAGCGAGGUUUGAAAGGAAGUCUUGCCGCGCGGCUCGGAUUGGCCGAGGAAGCGGGCCCGCCUCUCGGAGGCGUUCAUUCGCUCUUUCGCUCGCGCUCUCCCUGUGUUUGUGUGAGGAGGAGAGAGAGAAGAAAAAAAACGGGUUCGGUCCCCGCGGCUGACACAAGAAAGAGUCGCGGCCUAUUCGACGCCGGGGAAGCGAGGAGGACCGGAGCGCGGUUUGUCUUGUCUUGGAUCUACUCUCGGGCGGGCUGGCGGCCGGCCGGCCGUGGCUCCCUUUAGGCCGAGAGGAAGGCGAUGGCGGCAACAUCCGGGGCUUCUGGGGCGGCGACGGCGGGCGCGGGAUCCGGCGCGGCCCCGGCUCUCUACGCCUGCACCAAGUGCAACCAGCGCUAUCCUUUCGAGGAGCUCCAGGGACAGCAGCUCUGCAAGGAAUGCCGUAUUGCGCAUCCUAUUGUAAAAUGUACUUACUGCCGAUCAGAGUUUCAGCAAGAGAGCAAAACUAAUACAAUAUGCAAGAAGUGUGCCCAAAAUGUGAAACAAUUUGGAACGCCAAAACCUUGUCAGUACUGCAACAUCAUUGCUGCUUUUAUUGGUACAAAAUGCCAGCGCUGUACAAACUCGGAAAAAAAAUAUGGACCACCUCAGACAUGUGAACAGUGUAAGCAGCAAUGUGCUUUUGACCGCAAAGAAGAAGGAAGGAGAAAGGUUGAUGGGAAGCUGUUGUGUUGGCUUUGUACUCUGUCCUACAAGCGAGUGCUGCAGAAGACCAAGGAGCAGCGGAAGAGCUUAGGGCCCUCCCAUUCUAACUCUUCUACGUCUAUUACCGAAAAAGACCAGCAUCAUUUGAAACACCACCAUCACCACCACCACCGUCACCCUCACCAUCGCCACCAUCAUCACAGCGGCGCCCAUCACAAAAUUGGCAGUCUGAGUCCAGAAGAUGAUCAGGGGUUGUGGAAGCAGAGCCAUAAAUCCUCUUCAGCUAUUCAGAAUGAAACUCCAAAGAAAAAGCCCAAAAUGGAAACCAAGCCAUCUAACGGAGAUAGUAGCUCUAUAAAUCAGUCAGCAGACAGUGGAGGCACCGACAACUUUGUUCUAAUAAGUCAGUUGAAAGAAGAAGUGAUGUCUCUGAAACGUCUCUUGCAACAAAGAGACCAGACUAUACUGGAGAAGGAUAAAAAGCUGACUGAGCUGAAGGCAGACUUUCAAUACCAAGAGUCGAAUCUAAGAACCAAGAUGAACAGUAUGGAAAGAGCUCAUAAGGAAACUGUAGAACAAUUACAGGCAAAGAACAGAGAGCUCCUGAAACAAGUUGCUGCAUUGUCAAAGGGCAAGAAGUUUGACAAAAGCGGGAAUAUGCUGACGUCACCAUAAGAAGAUGGCGGCAGUUUGCACAGCUAUUAAUCUUGGAAAGGUAAAUCGUCUCCCGGGGGAAAACUCCGUAGAAGCAAACCUUUUGGCGUGCAGACUUGGUGGCAUAGUUCCUAUAUACUUUUUUCUAACUGAACAACAUUAUGGAGGUUUCCUUUUCCUUCUCCCCCCCCCCCUUGCAAAUAAAAAUUAUUUGGAUUACUAAAGUACUUCAACAGGUUUGAAGAAGGCACGCAUACCUAUAAAAUGCAUAGGUGCAGCCAUACAAAAGGAGGCAGAUGGCCAGUCCCUGGUGAUCAGUAAGCGUGCUGUCCCUGGUCAUCACAUCAUGCAAUAACACACACACACACACACACACCACUCACGUGCACAUAUAAAAGGCAGCCCUUCAAGACGGCAGCUCUCCGAAGUGCUCCUGUUGUGCAGACUGAUUGCAUUUGCUUGGACUUUAGCAGGUCACCUGGGCAAGAACAGAAACUUGUCUAGGGAUGUGGACAAAGACACCUGAAGACAAAAUUCCAGUUGGAUCUACAUUCCAGCAGCAGCUAAUUUGAAAACUGAGCAAAAGCACUGGAGAUGACCCUUCUUGGUCUUUCAAUCCAAAUAAGAAUGCAUUGAGUUUUAAAAUCAUGGUGCUUUUA